UUUCGGCCACCGUAAUUUAGUAAGGAACGGCGCAGAGUUUACUCGUUAGCUGAACGUGGAAGAUUUUUUUGAAAUUCCAUUUAAAUAUAUUUCAAUUUUGAAAGCAAGAAAAAAUGAACAUUCAGCCGUCGAACCCGAACAACCCCAUAGUGUUUUUCGAUAUAACUAUUGGUGGUCAGGAGGUGGGACGAAUGAAGGUAGAGCUGUUUGCAGACAUCGUUCCUAAAACCGCAGAGAAUUUCCGACAGUUCUGCACUGGCGAAUUCAGGAAGGAUGGUGUCCCCAUUGGAUACAAAGGCUGCACAUUCCACAGGGUUAUAAAGGAUUUUAUGAUCCAAGGAGGAGACUUCGUCAAUGGUGAUGGGACCGGGAUCUGUAGCGUUUACAGGGGUCCAUUUGCGGAUGAGAACUUCAAAAUGAAGCACUCUGCCCCAGGCCUUCUCUCGAUGGCAAACAGUGGCCCAGGGACCAAUGGCUGUCAGUUCUUCAUCACAUGUACUAAAUGCGACUGGCUGGAUGGGAAGCAUGUGGUUUUCGGGAAAGUUGUUGAUGGUUUGCUGGUCAUGAGAAAAAUAGAGAAUGUACCCACUGGCCCAAACAACAAGCCCAAGCUCCCCAUUGUAAUUGCCCAGUGUGGGGAGAUGUGACGUGAGAGGGUCCCUCUCGGUCUCGCUCUCUGACAUGUGUGCAUUUUCGAUUUGUAUCCCUUUGUCUACUCUUAACUGGUGCAGAAAACGGCUCUCAGUAAUUCGAUGCAUUUUUAAAGGGUGACUUAAUGUGGAAUUAAAGUGUUUGCUCUUGGCUCAAAGGACUGUUUAAAUUGUACCAGAAUACGGAAACGCAAGAUGGGAACUUCAGCCUGCGUUCUCAUAUUUUCAUCAUUAACUACUUGGUCUUGCUUCACAUUUUGUUUCUUUUUUUAAUUACUUUAAGUCCAUUUGUAUGAUCUUGGUAAAUAAAUAUAUUUUUAAUUAA